AUGGCACAACGGUUAAGAUUGCAUUUUACUACCCAAAGAAGGAACACAGACCCAUCAGUGGAAGUCUCUGAAGAUGUUUUGGAUAGUAACAGUUGUAUGUACUUCAAAAGUCUGCAGAAUUCUGCACCUAAUGUUACACAAAUGAAACUGACUCCUAGACAAGUUGCAUAUGCACCUGUAAUGCAUAAAGUGAUUAAUCAAGAGGAAAAUGCAACUAUUUCUUCACUGCGAAUAAAAAAGAGCACUUCACUGCAUAUUUCCCUGCAGACUAGAAAAUCCGGUGAAUGUUUUCAGUCUGGUGAUGAUGUGGCUACAGGCGAAGACUCUUCAUUCAUUGGUAUUGGUAAUGAAGAAAAUGGCAGUGCUGAAAUUGUGGUUGAUCAUCGAUCUAAUGAUAGCCUUCUGAGCAAUACUGCCCUGUGCAAUGGCAGCCUUAGCAGUAUUGCAGCCAGUGACAGUGGAUCAUUCAGCAGUGCUGGCAGUGACUAUGGAUCAUGUGCAAGUACCACAAGUGAUGGAGGUUCAUAUAGUAACAGUGUCAUCAGUGACAGUGGUAGUGGCACUCUUCUGACAAGUGAUUGUACUUCAUGUAGUAAUGUUGUAUAUGAUGAUUCCUCGUACAGAAGCACUGCAAGCAAAUGGAAUCCCUAUAGGAACAACUCAUCUCAGGAAGUUCUGUGUAAAAGUAAUACUACUUUUGACCAAGAUGCUUUGUCAGUGAGGAGAAAAACUAAAAUUCCACUGCGACGUUGUUCAUCACUGGUUAUUUUCCCUAGGAGUCCUUCUAGUACUCCUCCAGCUUCUCCAGUAAGCUCUGGUCUGGUAUCACAUAGAAGUGCCUAUCAGACAUCCCAUAAACUAAUUAUUUCUCCCAGUGAGCUGGCACAGAAAGAUGAUCAAACCAUUUCCAAGGGAUUCCUUUCAACAGCAGUCAAUGGACUUCGACUGUCUAAAACAGUUUGCCCUUCUGGUGAAGUCAGAGACAUUCGACCACUUUACUUGAACAGAUCGUUACAGGCUAAAAGCCAAAUUUUGAGUAGCUCUGAGCAGGCCACUUGUGAAGAUGUAUAUGAUGGCUUCUCACGUGUUUCAGUUCACCUCACUCCACGACCAUUAGCAUCAAGCAGUGAAACGGUUAAUAGUUGCUGCAGUCCGGAGUUAAAUCUGAACUCCUGUGCAAAAUGCCCGCAUUUAAAACUGGCACGCAGCACAUCAGCAUGUUUACCCUCAAAACCAGAUUCAGAAUGUCACAGUAACAUAAAUGAACUGGAAAGACAGAGUGCACAGAUGAGCAAAGCCCACCAUGUUUUGCAAAGAAGUGUUUCAUUGGAAGGAUCACAUCAAAAAGUUUCUUGCUGUUUAUCCAGCCUUAAGUACAAGUGUCAUAGUGCAAGGACAUCUCAGUUGCACAUACAAUUCAAACCUGGGAAUGAAGGAAAACCAGCUGGUGUUAAGAAAAGAUAUGGAACUUCUAAAAGGGAAAUGUCUAGCACUUCUUUCUGGAGGCCCCAUAAGACUCGAGAUGAUUUUCUUGGGCAAGUGGAUAUUCCUCUUUACCAGCUACCGACAGAAAAUCCCAGUAUGGAGAGACCAUAUACAUUUAAGGAUUUUGUUCUUCAUCCAAGAAGCCAUAAAUCAAGAGUUAAAGGCCACCUUAGAUUAAAAAUGACCUAUUUACCUAAAAGCAAUGGGUCUGAAGAAGAAACCACAGAACAGGCUGAAGAAUUAGAGCCGGGGUGGAUUAUACUGGACCAACCAGAUGCUGCUAGCCAACCACAACAGCAGCAAGAUGAGUCUCCUCCAUUGCCUUCAGGCUGGGAAGAAAGACAAGACAUCCUUGGCAGGACCUACUAUGUCAAUCAUGAAUUCAGAAGAACCCAGUGGAAAAGACCAACUGCUCAGGACAAUGUAGCUGUUGCAGAUAUUGGUAGUGUGCAGCUGGAGGCCCAGCAUGUGUUCACUCAUCGGCGACAGAUAUCAGAGGAUACAGAAAAUCUAGACAACAGAGAUUCCCCUGAGAGCUGGGAAAUUAUAACUGAAGAUGAGGCAACAAUGUAUAGCAAUGAGAACCUUCAAAUACCUCUUUCACAGAGUAAUUGUGAUAUGCAGACUCACCUUGCAGAAGAAUUGAAUACCAGACUUACUACCUCUGGAAGUUCAGCUCCUGGCCAGUCAGCAGCCUACACUAACCAUUCCAGAAGAGGUAGCCUGCAGACAUACAGAGCUGAGGAGCAGCCUGCACACCCUGUGUUGUUGCCUACUUCAUCGGGAUUACCCCCAGGCUGGGAAGAGCGACAAGAUGAAAAAGGGAGGUCGUAUUAUAUAGAUCACAAUUCUAGAACCACUACCUGGAUAAAGCCAGUUGUACAGAUUGCUACAGAAACAGGUCAGUUGUCGGCUGCACAAAGUAUUUCUGUAGGAAGACAACCACAAGCAACAUCAAGUGAUCCAUCGCAGCAGCAGCCUUCUCAGCAGCAGCCUGAAGUGGAGCAAGGAUUUCUCCCUAAAGGCUGGGAAGUCCGACAUGCACCCAAUGGGAGACCAUUCUUUAUUGACCACAAUACCAAAACUACAACAUGGGAAGAUCCAAGACUGAAAGUUUCCGCUCAUCCAAGGAGAAAGACUUCACUAGAUCCAACAGAUCCAGGCCCAUUACCACCAGGGUGGGAAGAGAGAACCCACACAGAUGGAAGAAUAUUCUUCAUAAACCACAAUACAAAGAAAACACAGUGGGAAGAUCCUCGACUGCAGAAUGUGGCAAUAACUGGACCAGCUGUGCCUUAUUCCAGGGACUAUAAGCGAAAAUAUGAGUUCUUCAGAAAGAAGUUGAAGAAACAGAGUGAUAUUCCAAAUAGAUUUGAAAUGAAAAUCCAUCGCACAGCAAUCCUUGAAGAUUCUUACAGAAGAAUUGUAGCUGUGAAGAGGGCAGAUUUCCUUAAAGCAAGACUGUGGAUUGAAUUUGAUGGUGAAAAAGGUCUAGACUAUGGAGGAGUGGCCAGAGAAUGGUUCUUCCUUCUCUCUAAAGAAAUGUUUAAUCCUUAUUAUGGAUUGUUCGAAUAUUCAGCUACAGAUAACUACACUCUACAGAUCAAUCCAAACUCUGGACUUUGCAAUGAAGAUCAUCUCUCCUACUUCAAGUUUAUUGGUCGUGUAGCUGGAAUGGCUGUUUACCAUGGCAAACUUUUGGAUGCCUUUUUUAUUCGUCCUUUUUACAAGAUGAUGCUUCAGAAACCAAUAACACUUCAUGAUAUGGAGUCUGUGGAUAGUGAAUAUUACAAUUCUCUGAAAUGGAUUCUGGAAAAUGAUCCAACGGAGCUGGACCUCAGAUUUAUAGUUGAUGAAGAACUUUUUGGCCAGACCCAUCAACAUGAACUGAAGAGUGGUGGGUCAGAAAUAGUUGUCACCAACAAGAACAAGAGAGACUACAUUCACCUUGUAAUUCAGUGGAGAUUUGUGAGCAGAGUACAGAAACAAAUGGCAGCCUUUAAAGAGGGCUUUUUUGAACUAAUACCACAGGAUCUCAUUAAAAUUUUUGAUGAAAAUGAACUAGAGUUGUUAAUGUGUGGACUGGGAGAUGUGGAUGUGGCUGAUUGGAAACUACAUACAAAGUACAAAAAUGGCUACAACAUAAACCAUCAAGUAAUACAGUGGUUCUGGAAGGCAGUCAUAAUGAUGGACUCUGAAAAGAGAAUAAGAUUGCUUCAGUUUGUUACUGGCACAUCACGUGUACCUAUGAAUGGGUUUGCUGAGCUAUAUGGUUCAAAUGGACCACAGUUGUUUACAGUUGAGCAGUGGGGUACCCCUGAAAAACUGCCAAGAGCUCAUACCUGCUUUAAUCGCUUGGAUUUGCCUCCAUACGAGUCGUUUGAAGAUUUGUGGGAUAAACUUCUUCUAGCGAUUGAAAAUACUCAGGGUUUUGAUGGGGUUGAUUAAGAUACAGACGUAAAUCGUAACGGUCCAGUGCUGCAAUUUCAUUUCAAGGGUUUACAAACAAAUUUGAAUUUUCCAGGGACUACCAUUGUUUUUUAGUGAGAUGGCUAUUGAAUCGUCAGAGUAUCAGUUGUAAAACAAGGAUUAAAAAUUCACUCACUCCAGAAAAUGUAGCUUGCUGUUUCCCCCGGUUUGUGUACCUUGCUAACAGCUACAGCAGAAACACAUUGGACGGGCCAGUGCCAAGUAAGUAACAAGCUAAAAUGUUGUGAUUUUUUUAAACAGUUGCUUCUUCUACAGUAUUUGACAGACUGUUCUGGAGUAAAACUGCAAAGAAAGCUUUGCAGAGGGUAUAAAUUUGACUUGCUGCUUUAAGAGGGAAAAGUGAAAUUGUUAAACUGUUUUUAACAAAGCAAAACCAAAACCGAAGCCAAUAAACUUCCGCAUAGUGCAACAUCAUCAUCUGUGCUGCUUCAGGCUGUUUGCUGCCAACAUGCCCGAAGCACCUUGUAAUUCAGCAUAUCGAGUGAAACAUGGAAAAGUGGUUGUUUGUUGGGUUUGGUUUCUUUGCUUCAUCAGCCAUCAUUUUGUAGAGCAUCAGCUUGCAGACACAUUUUAUUUGUUAGAUUUGUUUCUGACUUGCUUUUGUUAAAACAGUGUUAAAAAAACCCCAGGAUUUUUGCAUGAAGCGGACAAACAGCAUAAUUCUGAGUUGUAAUGAGAAAUUGCAUCCAUUUCUUGUCUGAAUUUGUAUACUGCCAUUGUUUCAUUGGAUAAAUUCGUAGAUCAACAAUGGGUAACAGUUUCAAUUCAGCCUUUUGCAACAAACGAAUCUCCAAGUGAAAUUUGUCUGGAUAUCAGUCAGUAUUAGUUACUGGUAGUUAGAGGCCUUUAUUAUCCAUUCUUGCGGUAUUGCACUACGUAACAAUAAAUAACAUGUUUACAGGGUUUUCUGGGCCAAAUUCAGCAGUCUGUUCUGUGCAAACUUCUGAACUGUGUGGAGGUUGUGCACAUGUCACCAGGUGCAGAAUUUGGUUCUGUAAUAUGUUUACAGGUUAUGCUAGUUUCUAUAGCUACAGUUUUCUAUUAUUUUUUUUCCUCCACUGUUAGUCUAGAAACCAAAUUUGUUAAUACAAUAUAACCAAAGUUAUAACCAACAACGUGCAAUUUAUUGUAGAUCACCUUGUCCUAUAAAUUCUAGUUGGAUUUAUUUUGUAAAUGUGGGUAUUUUUUGUAUUAAUUUUAACACUUUUUUUUGGAGCAAGUGCUGGUUAAAAUUAUUAACAAAGUUGGUUCUAAAAGAAAAAAUUGGUUUAUAUACCUGACUUGCUCUGAUUUUAACAUUUUGUUACAAAGAUGAUCUAAGGAAAUGACAGUACCUAACUUUUGGCCAGCAAAUAGCUGUUCAGUCACAAUCUUUAUAAAUAUGCAAGGAAGUGUAGCACCUCUCUCUACACAGAUAUGUAAAUUAUGUAACAAAUGUAAUGGGUCUUAAGGGAUAUUUAAAAUCCCACUUUGUUUUAUUCUCUGACUAGGUCAUUAGGACUGAAAAUAUUACGUGUAAAUAAAGGUAACUUAUACAGAUUUCCCAAAUCUAUAUGCAGUUUUGUAAAACCAGAAUGAUAUAUUAGUAAAUCUGUAUAGAUUUUAAUAUAGCAGGUUUUCUUGCAAACUUUGAAGUAUAAAAUAAGGAUCCUGAAAGCAGUAAAUAAAAGUUUAUUCUAAAUA